AUGGCGAAACUGCCUGAAGUUGGUCCAUGUACAGGAGUCACUGACACAAUAUUUAGCUAUACAGUUACUGUUAGUCAAGUUGAUACUCAUUGUGUGCAAUUGGCUGCUAUUGGAUCUGAAGCGCGCCUUCAUCUUGCAUCAUUGAAAAUGUCAAAGUUUCCUAUAGAUUCUAUUACUUAUGGAUUUAAAACUCCAUAUCAGCGAGUAGUUGGAAACAGGCAAGAACAAAAAGCAAGGCAUAUUGCUUCGGCCAAGCUGAGUGAUGAUAAUGCUUCAGAUUCAAGCACUACUGAUCCAAGUAUAGAGUCGAUCUGCGAGGACGUUUGCAAGAUAGAUGAAGUUUGCUCGGAAAGCAAUAAAAUAUUGGUGCAUGUGUCAAUAGAUGGUAAAACAAUUCAAUUUCGUAUAGACACGGGAGCAGACGUAUCUUUACUAAAUGCUCGGUCUUGGGAGUGUCUUGGGAGUCCUAGAUUGUCGGCUUCUCAAGAAAGACUUCAAAAUGCAUGGGGAAAAGUUAUGACAUUUAAAGGAAUUUGUGUCAAAACAGUGCAGUUUCAAAACUCGUUAGCCGAUAUUCAAUUUUAUGUCAAGGAAGGAGUGGGAACCAAUCUACUUGGGAUGGAUUGGAUAAGGAAAGUUGGACUUGCAACAACAUGUAUUGAAUUUCUUAAAAGCUUGGGAGGCCAAGCUGUGUUACUGGUGGAAGUAAUAGCACCAAUCGCUUUGAAUAAGCUGUUGUAUGAAAUUUCUGACAUAUUCCAGGACGAGUUGGGAUGUUGCAGUGAGAAGGCAAGCAUCCAAGUUCGUCCGGACGCAGAUCUAAAAAUCAUUCCGUUUAGAAGACCUCCUAUGCAUAUGAGAAAACAAAUAGAGGUAGAAUUAGACAGACUGGUUGAAAGAGAAGUUUUGGAGCCAGUGAAUAAUGCAUUAUGCGCAUUUCCAACUGUCAAUGUUGUGAAGCAAUCAGGAUCUGUACGCAUAUGUGGAGACUUUAAGCCUCUCAACAAAUUCAUGGUGGUAGACCAGCACCCAAUUCCACACCUGUCUGAUCUUUUCACUGUUCUCGUGGGAGGGCAAAAAUUCUCUAAGUUAGACUUGUCAGAUGCGUAUAAUCAAUUGGAACUGGAUUUGGAAAGUCAGAAAUAUUUGGUGAUAAAUACGCACAAAGGCUUGUUCAAAUUUCGUCGAUUACCAUUUGGAGUGAGCUCUGCACCUGCUAUAUUUCAAAGAGUAAUGAAUAAGGUGUUAAAAAAUCUCAAGAAAACCACUAAUUUCUAUGAUGACAUUUUGGUGACAGGGUCCGAUGAUGAAGAACAUUUAAAAUACUUGUCUGAGGUGUUGAAGCGUAUCAGGGAUCAUGGCCUUCGUUUGAAGGAAGCUAAAUGUUCAUUCUUUCAGUCAUCGGUACAAUAUCUUUGGUCAUGUCAUUGA